CCACCAGCACCUCGGCCCAGCAUGGCCUCCUCCUCUCUCCAGACGCUCUGCGUGCCCGCGCCCAUCCCCGCCACGCGUGCCGACUUCACGCUCGCCGAGCCGCUGCCGCUCACGCCCUACACCUUCGAUGCCUCGCUCUCGGAAGACGAAAACUUCCUCACGUGGGUGACGAUCCUCACGCGGCACUCGACGUCGCGCAAGGGCCACAUGGGCACGCUCUUCGUGCGCCCGCCCGCCUCGGGUAAUCCCGCAACGGAGACGUGCAUGCCGGAUGCGCAGUCUCGCCUGCUGGUGCACGCCAACAACACGCCCAUCCUGUACGCCUCUGCCGCACGCAAUGCGCCCGAGAUUCACGCCGAGGCGCUGGCCAUCUCGCGCGCCGCGCGCUUCGGGCUGGCGCUGGCCGGCUGCACCGUCUACGUGACGUUUCCGCCGUGCAACGAGUGCGCCAAGCUGCUGCUGGCCGUGGGCGUGCGGCGCGUCGUCUUCCGCAAGUGCUUCGUCGCCGGCGCAAAGGAGAGCGUGCUGGCGGCGGCGCGCGCGCAGGGCGUGGAGAUGUGCGGCACGGGCGACGAGCUGUACAAUCUGCCUGCGCCUGGCGAGUCGCCGCAAGAGGCCAAGCAGCGACAGGAGGCGUUUCGGAUGCGCGAACGAGACGCAGAAGAUGCGAGGGAGAAGCGCGUCAAGGCGAUCUGGGAGGCGAUUGGCGAUGAUGCGCAGACGACGAGGCAGCGCGUCAACGACUGGUGGGACACUUGGAUGGCCGUCCAUCGCGCCAAGCUCAGGGAAUUGUGGCGCGAGUGGGGCGGCAAUGGAGACGAGGGCGAGAAGCGCGCGCAGGAAGAGGAGAGGGAGAAGAAGAAGCAAAAGGAGGCGCGCAAGAAGGGCAAGGGCAGGCAGGAUGAGGAGAUGGAUCUGGAUGAGCUGCGCAACGAGAGCGAGACUGUUGCGGCGUCCUCGAACGCCGCUGCGCCGCACGAGGCACUCGACGGCGCGCACUCGACGACAGCGCCACUCGCCGCGCAAGACGCCUCGCAUGCGGCGCCGCAAGCAGGACAGAAACGACGCAGCUCCGAUCUCUCGACGGCAGCGGCGGAGCCCAACGGCGACGAGGCGCGAGCGUCGCCCGCGCAGCCGCAGAGCGCCAUGCCGCUGGAGGAGCCAGGAGCAAGUCCGCCGCGCAAGAUCUCGCGCGUCUGAUCCCCGCGAGGAAUGACAUGC